CCAGCGCAGAAGGGGAGAGUGGGACUGGACUGGGCCAAGGCAGGGCCACGCAGGGAAGGGGAAAAAAGAGGGAAAGAGAGGAGAAGGGAAGGGACCAGAGAGGAAAGGGAGAGGGGGAGGGGUCGCAGCUAGCGGUUAUUCAGGGCGGGUAGUUCAAACCUAAGAGAGGGAAAGCAGUGGCGGCCCCACGCUACCUGAGAUUGGGGGUUGCCAUAGCCAGAGCAUCCCCGGGGCCAAAGCGGUGGCUUUGCCCCUUCCACACCCUUCCCUACCACUCCCCUCUCCCCGCCCCUUUUUUCUUUUCCCUCUUGCCUCCUUCCCCAGCUCAGCAGCUUCAGCUGCUGCCAUUCAUACAUCCCAGAGGAGGCAGGAGGAGUCUGCUCUGGGCUUUGUGGUCUCUAGUUGAACGGGGGUGGGGGACCCCAGGUUGUUGGGGCUGCUGCUGCUGCAGGGAAGCAAAAUUCCUGGGAGUCCCCCUUCCCCACCCCCAAUUUGUUUUCCAGGUGCUGGAAAAGGGUGAAAUGCGUUGAAGUUACCUGCUGCCUCCUGCCUCCUCUAAUCUAGCCUCCGCUGCAGGUGCAAAAACUGAAGCCCCAAGAAAAGAAGUGAUUUGCCCAAGAUCAUACAGGUAAAAUCCAGACUCUGAAGAUGGCAAACAGUCCCUCAGUUGAAGCUAGUGUGACUUUAAGAAAUGGGGCAGAAUCUCCUAAUGUCAGUUUUAAGUUCUCCAGCUUUGGAGGCUUCUCAUCCACAUCAUCAUUUCAAGAUAGUGGCUACAGUGACUCUAUGAAGGCUUCCAGCUUUGACUAUACUGAUAUGGAAAACAUAGAAAAAAUUACAAAAGGAUUACCAUCCACACGGGAAUACUCUGAAAAUUCUAGUCUGGGUUUGAACUGUUGUGUGGAUUCUCAGACUGAAAAUAAAAUCUCUAGCUCUUUUUUCAGGAAAGAGGCAAAUGAUUUCCCAGAGCUUUGUGAAACUCCAAAAGUAACUAAGAAGAAAACCUUUUUCCGUAGACGGUUGAAUAUAACAAAUAUUGUUUCAAGAGGGGACCCAGAACAUUUUGACAAGCAAAACUAUUCUUUAGGAAGCUGUGCAGAAACACUACCCAUGAGCCAAUUCCUCUGUUUUGAAGAAAGAGUUUCAAAAAAGGCUUUGAAAGAGUCUCCAAGGCAAACCAUUUUCACUCCUGUAGCCACUAGUACUUUAAAAGCAGAUGAAGCUACUUCCAACAGUCAAAAAUUGAGACUUUCUUUUUCUCAGCAUAAAACAUCCACCAUUGAUGAUUCCAAAAGUGACUGUAGCCUAUUUGAAGUUGAGUGUAUUUCUCCAAUUCAGGGAAGCAACAGUACAGAUGCUCUCACCAAUGACUUUGGGGAUAGUAUUUUAAGUAUUAAUGGAGAGACUACAGGUCCUGAGCUGCUGGGAUCAUCUUGUGAAGUGCUCUGUGAAACGAAUGAUGACCUAUACAUAACCCCAAUUAGUAACUUGGUAGCAAAUAUUAAGUUUUGUGGUUAUAGCCCAGCUGAGGUGAUAGACAAUAUUUCCACACCCAAAGACAGUGGUUUUAAUUCACUGGGUCUGGAUAAGUCACAAGAUUCCUUCUCUGACCAUGAGGGUUCUUUUCAAGAAUUAUUUCAGAAACCCCUGGAGACUGGGAGGACUUUGGGUGCAAAGAGAAAACCAAGAAAUGUCGGAAGAGUGAGAAGACUAUCCACGCUUCGGGAGCGUAGUUCACAAUCUGAAACAGAAGAAGAUAAGCCUUUUGUGAAUUCUGGCUUUAAAGCAAAAAUAGCUUCUGGCAUUUCUCCAAAUGAACAGAUUGAUAAUAGUGGAGAUUCAAUUUUAGGUCUUAAGGAUUUAUCAAAGACACCCGCUUUACAACUUGUCCAUGAGAUUAUCAUGAAAAGCAAAAGGAAAAGGUUUCAGCAAACAGGAAUACGGAGCCGUCUAAAAGAGAAUGAUGGGGAAGAAUCAUCUUUAUUGAAUUAUGUGCUUGCAGGACUUAUUGGCAAGAAGAUGGGCCUGGAAAAACUGGACAUCUUAACAGAAUUAAAAUUUAGAAAUUUAAAACACAUUCUUGCCAUGGUAUUAGAUGCCUUGACAGUGGAAAAUCUAUGCAGUGUUUGGAAAGUAAGCAAAAAUUGGCGUGAAAUUGUUAUGCAAGAUAAAAAAGCAAAUCAAAGGAGGAAAGUUUAUAUGCAACGAUUGAAGACAGAUUCCAAGGGGAAUAUAUUAUGUGUCGAGGAUGCUGCAACAAGGCUCAAUCUUUUAAACAGAUCAGCUCUGAGAUCUGUGCAAGCUCAAGCUAGAACACCUGGUUCUCAAAAAGAAGAGAUUUCAACACCAUCUCCUUGGGGACAAAUUUUAACGCCCAAAGAAUGCUGCUCUGUUACUCAGUUACCUAGCAAACAGGAAGAGUAUGUUAAGGGGGAACAUAAAAGGAAACAGAGUCUGGCCUUGAAACCAAGAGGAGCUGGGUUCAGUCUGGUCUUUUAGAGCAUAUUAACUAUGUAAACACUGAUUUAUUUUCAGUGCCCCAGGCAACUAAGACUAUCAGCAAAUAUUGUCCAUUUGCACUUUUGCAUUGAUGGAGGGAAUUGUCACACUUGGUUAUACCAGUGACAUCACAGUUCGACAAAAGAAAAAAAAAGACAUAAGAAAAAGAACAAGUCUUAGAUCUAGAGAAAGUCAAUGAAUUUUUCAUCUUCUCCCCAAUGAUGAGUACUAUAUUCUUUAAAACAAACUUUGCCUCUCCUCACAUUAACAAUACUACACUCUAAUAGGCAAAGAAUAUUCUUCCUCCUUCAGCUCCUUUGGAUCCCAGGAGAGCAUAGAUUUUGCAUCUCGCUGACCCCUGACUGUGACUUCCACAGUUGGAAAAAUGUGAAUUUGGAGAAUCUGAAGGAAUUGCCAGAGCAAUGUAAAAAAAAAAUUAAAAAGAAAAACAGCAAACGAUGAGAAUUCUUGGAAUUAGGGUUUAGUACUUUUGAGCAAAGAAGUUUUAAAAUUUUGUCCUAUUCUCAAUUAUUUGCACUUUGAAAUUAAUUUAAAU